UAUCUUUAGAACACGUCGCCGUCUUCUUCUUCCUCUUCUGGUACAGACAAUAAAUCUCUCUCUCUCUCUCCUCGUUUUCACAAACAGUUAGAGUUUUGUUUCUUCUUCAUCUCUUAAAAUCUCUGUACAGAGAAAAUAUCUUCAAUCCUCUCGCCUCUGUAAAUUUGCAAGAGACACAACAAUGGUUGAGCGUGGUAAUAAGAGAACUCAUAACCGUACUACCAGAGACGACAACAACAGGAACCAAAAGAGAAGACUUUCACACCAAACCGAAGAAAAACUCAACAACAAAGACGAUCUCGUCGUCUACAGAAUCCUCUGCCCUAGUGGGGUCAUCGGAAGCGUGAUAGGCAAGAGUGGCAAAGUCAUCAACACGAUCAGACAAGAAACCAGAGCCAGAAUCAAAGUCGUUGACCCUUUCCCAGGCUGUACCGAAAGAGUCCUAACGAUCUACUGCACGGUCAACGACAAGAAGGACAUUGCUGAAAUAGAGAACAGUGACCAGAUCGCCCCUUUGUGCUCUGCUCAAGACGCUCUGCUAAAACUCCAUGAUGCUAUCGUUGCUUCUUUAGCUACUGCUGCUGAGAACACUAAGAUAGGUAGAGAUGAUAUUAGAGAGUGCCGGCUUUUGGUACCGACUAGUCAGUGUUCUAAUGUGAUUGGUAAAGCUGGUUCGACGGUUAAGAAGGUUAGGAGUAGAACCGGAGCUAAUGUUAAGAUUGUCUCCAAAGAUGUCUCGGAUCCUUCACAUGCUUGUGCUAUGGAUUUUGACAACAUUGUUUCGAUAUCUGGAGGGGCUGAGUCAGUAAAGAAAGCACUGUUUGCUGUUUCUGCAAUCAUGUACAAGUUCAGUCCUAAAGAACAGAUUCCUCUUGACGCAACUGUUCAAGAAGCUCCUGCAAGUAUUAUAAUCCCAUCUGAUCUUUCCAUCUAUCCGCAAACCGGUUUAUACCAGAGUCAAGAUCCUAUCUUCCAACAUGGAGCCAAUGUACCAUCCUUUAUAGGCACACUACCACAGGGUUAUGGAGAAACCGCAACCCGGGUUUUCUCUUCCCCCGCUCUUCCUGUGGUUCAUCAUGGUACUUUUGGCGGCGGGUCUUCUUCUAGGCAAGAAGAGUUGGUUGUGAAAGUUCUGUGCUCUUCUUCCAACAUCGGUCGUGUUAUCGGUAAAGGAGGUUCGACCAUUAAGGGAAUAAGACAAGCGAGCGGGUCUCGUAUCGAGGUGAAUGACUCGAGGGCGAGGGCGAAUCAUGACGAGGACUGUGUUAUCAUUGUAACGUCCAAAGAGUCUCCUGAUGAUUUGAAGUCGAUGGCGGUCGAGGCUGUGCUUUUGCUUCAAGAGAAGAUAAACGAUGAAGACGAGGAGAAGCCUAAGAUGCAGCUCCUUGUGCCUUCUAAGGUGAUAGGAUGCAUUAUAGGGAAGAGUGGUUCGAUCAUAAGCGAGAUUAGGAAGAAGACGAACGCUAAUAUUUAUAUCUCGAAAGAGAAUAAUAAGUGUGCUGAUCUAAAUGAUGAGCUCGUUGAGAUAUCGGGUGAAGCAAGCAAUGUGAGGGAUGCGCUUAUUCAGAUAGUUUUGAGGCUUCGAGAUGAUGUUUUGAGAGAUAGAGAGACGACUGGUUUCAGGAACCAACAACCUCCUGCAAGAUCUGAGAAGAGUAGUUUCUUCUCUUCUUUGGAGAGAAGUAAUGCUGCUGCUCUUGCACUAACUCCAUCUUUCAUGUCUUCUGUUCCGCAAGUUUCUCCUGUGGAUUUUGAUAGGAGACCAGAGGGAGGCAUGAGCGGUGGACUCUAUGGUUAUGGAAGUUUUCCGGCGGGGGAUAACAGUUAUGGAUCCAACUCUUCAUACUCAUCCAGUAGAUAUGGAGGGUUGCCUCAUCCUUCUACUACAAUGGAGAUUCGUAUCCCGUCCAAUGCAGUGGGUAAAGUAAUGGGGAGAGGAGGAGGCAACUUGGACAACAUAAGAAGGAUAUCAGGAGCUAUGAUAGAAAUAUCUGAUUCAGAAUCUUCUUCACAUGGAGGUCGCAUUGCUCUCAUUUCCGGAACGCCUGAACAGAAGCGUACCGCAGAGAACUUGUUCCAAGCUUUUAUCAUGUCCACUUGAGUAGUUUUGCUCUGCCCCUGAAACCCCUUCUUCCGAAGAAGUGUGUUCCUGUCUUUCUAGCUCGCUCGCUCUCCUUCCAUCAAGCUCGUGUUUGACUAUGGUUGGAUCUGUAUUCUAUCAUCCAGACUUUCGAUAUUUCGAGCAUCCAUUCGGUAACUUUUUAUAUAGUUUCUCGUGCUAUAGACAUCUUAUAGUCUUUCUCAGGACCAUUCAUUCUCCCUUCCCUUGCGACCUGUUCGCUCAAUAAAUGAUAAUAUUAUCUCUGUGCAAUAGAAAACAAAUCGUUCUUGUUUCAAUCAAGCUAUAUGCUUAUUCUC